CCGAAACAAAAAUGGCGUAAUUUGUUGAAUGUCAGAUCAGUGAAAAUGUAAAAUAAAUAAAAAUGUUUAAACGUGUAAAUCAUGUGUUUUUGUGUAUAGCCGUACUCUUAAUAACUUCUAAAACAUGCAGCAGCGACACGCCCCUUCCUUUCCUAGCGCUGUACAGCCCCGGCGAUAUAGAGUACACAGACGUGGUCGUGCGCCGGGUGCACGACAAUCUCACGCUGGUCUGUGAGGUGCGCGGCGAGGGUGGCGAUGGGGGAGAGAGGGUGUACGUGUGGAACUACGUUAGCAACACUACGGGUGGGGGACGGCCGUUCACAGUGGAACCCGCGGGUCCGGCGAACGUCAGCAAAUUGGAGAGGCACGACCUUCAGGAGUCUGACAGCGGCCAUUACAUGUGCUCGUCGCCGCCUUUCAGCGUCACCAAGUAUAUACUGGUGCAGCCGAGGGGCGGGCCGCAGUGCGCGCGCGGCGCGUUCACGUGCGGCGCGCGGUGCGUGCUGGCGGCGUACGUGUGCGACGGCCGCGCCGACUGCGCGCGCGCCGAGGACGAGGCGCCCGCCUUCUGCCCGCCGGCGCCGUGCCACAGCAGCAGCCGGCUGAACUGCACGUCGGGGCGCUGCAUCCCGGCGGCGGCGUGCUGCGCGCCCGGCGCCCUCGACGAAGAAGACAUGGAAGUGCUGGAGUAUCCGCCGCUGACGGAGGACAGACACACGCCCGACGAGUUUGGCUUCAUACAGUCCACCAUUUACACUGUUACCGCGUGUGCGUUAAUCUUCAUGAUAGCGGUUGUGCUGCUGGUGUCCGCGUUGUGUAAGAUGCACUUGAAGAGAGCCGCGUUGAGAGGCUAUAGGCACACGGCUCAACACUAUUCGGUGAGUUUUGUGCGUUUUGAUAGUGUGGAUAUAACGCGAUGUUGUACUGACAUUUCCGUCAUUGUGAAGAAGGAAUAA